GGGCAGCUGGAACCGGUUGGGGCCGCGCCGCCCCCUCCCCACCCCCGUCAGGCGGCCCCGGGCGGCGGCCCCGGCAGGAGGGGCGGGGAGCCCGGGCUGCGCUGUCCGCAGCCCCGCACAAAGCGAGCGGGGGCCCGGAGCGCCGCUCCGUCCUGCCAGGAGAUUUCAACUAUCCCAAGACAGAAGUUCUGCAGAAAUGACCUCUUGUCAAGUCACUUUUGAAGUAAGAGGAUCAUCAGCACCAGGAGAGGUUUUUGCAAUAUGUGGGAGCUGCAGUGCUUUGGGAAAUUGGAAUCCCCAAGCUGCGGUGGUCCUCCAGACUGAGGAUAUGACAUCUGAGAAAAUAUGGAAAGCUACUGUAGAGCUUCCUAGAGGAAUUCCUGUUCAGUAUCGGUAUUUUAAAGGAUACUUUCUAGAACCUAAGGUAUUUGCACGACUUGGAGGGAAAAAAAACACCCAAGAGACAGAGAGAGAUAUGUUUUUACAGACUAUCGAUGGUCCCUGCGAAGUCAUAGUUCACACGUGGGAGACUCAUCUACAACCACGAUCAAUUACCCCUUUAGAAAAUGAAAUCACUGUUGACGAUGGAGACUUUGGAAUCUGUAAUGGUAUUAAAACUGUGGAUGCUGGGUGGCUGACAUGUCAGACAGAAAUAAGGCUACGUCUGCAUUAUUCUGAGAAACCCCCUGUUCUGAUAUCUAAGAAGAAAUUUAAAACAUCAAGGUUUAGAGUAAAAUUGACCCUAGAAGGCCUAGAGAAGGAUGAUGAUGAAGAUGGCCAAGAGAAGACAUCCCCUACUGUCCCUCAGAAAAUGGCAAACACGGUGGAGUUCUCCUUAAUCAGUGACAGCGACUACAAAUGUCGGCACUCUCAGCCAGACUGUGGCUAUGCUUUGCAGCCAGACCGAUGGAUAGAAUAUACAAUACAAACCAUGGAGCCUGAUAACUUGGAAUUAAUAUUUGAUUUUUUUGAGGAAGAUUUAGGUGAGAAGGUAGUACAAGAUGAUGUGCUCCCAGGUCACGUAGGCUCUGCCUGCCUCCUGUCAUCCACGAUUGCAGAACUCGGAAAGAGUGCUGGAAUUCUUACACUUGCUAUUAUGAGCAGAAAUCCAAGGAAGACAAUUGGAAAAGUUAGAGUGGACUACAUAAUUAUCAAACCGAUCCAGGGAUACACUUGUGAUAUGCAGGCUUCAUAUGCAAAGUACUGGAAACCAAGAACAACUCUGGAUGUUGGACACAGGGGAGCAGGGAAUUCUACAACCACAGCUAAGCUUGCUAAAGUUCAGGAGAACACCAUUGCAUCCCUGAGGAGCGCUGCUAGUCAUGGAGCAGCAUAUGUGGAAUUUGAUGUACAUCUUUCUAAAGAUCAUGUGCCUAUAGUAUACCACGAUCUCACAUGCUGCAUGGCCAUGAAAAAGAAACUGGACACGGAGCCUUUGGAACUGUUUGAGAUUGCAGUCAAAGAACUCACAUUUGAUCAGCUGCAGUUAUUAAAGCUGGCUCACGUGACGGCCCUGAAAGUAAAAGAUCACAAUGCAUCUUUUAAAGAGGAAGAGAACUCUGCUUUUGAGACGCAGCCAUUUCCUUCUCUGCAAAGAGUCCUGGAGUCUGUUUCUAAAGAUGUUGGGUUCAACAUAGAAAUAAAAUGGAUCUCCCAACAAAGGGAUGGACAAUGGGACGGCAACUUGUCAACUUACUUUGAUAUGAACCUUUUUCUAGAUAUUAUUCUGAAAACUGUUUUGAUGAAUGCUGGAGAAAGAAGAAUUGUGUUUUCCUCUUUUCAUGCAGACAUUUGUACAAUGAUCCGGCAUAAGCAAAACAAGUAUCCUGUGUUAUUUCUGACCCAAGGGGAAUCUAAACUCUACCCAGAGCUUAUGGAUCUCAGAUCUCGCACAACUCCAAUUGCCAUUAACUUUGCACAGUUUGAAAACUUGCUGGGAAUUAAUGUGCAUUCUGAAGACCUGCUGAGGAAUCCAGCAUUUAUUACACGGGCUAUAUCCAAAGGCCUGGUUAUUUUUUCAUGGGGUGAUGAUGCAAAUGACCCGGAUAACAGGAAGAAGUUGAAAGAAUAUGGUGUUCAUGGGUUAAUAUAUGACAGGAUAUAUGACUCAAAUCCUGAACAACCAAAUAUAUUCCAGGUGGAGCAGCUGGAACGUCUCAAGAAAGAACUGCCGGAGUUGAAAAGCUGUGUGUGUCCCUCAGUUAGCCACUUCAAAUCCAUAGCUCCAUGUAAAUGCCAUCAUAGUUACCUGGAUGAGAAAGCUGUAGAUAACUUGAAGAGUGUUCAGAUGCAAAAGGACUAAUUUUAGGCAGAAUGCUGUUUUGUAUCUAUAGAAUUUUCACCAUUGGGAUAGUUCUGUCUAUGCUUUCAGGUUGGUUUGUUUUAAUUUUAAGUCUUCAAAUAGCAAUAACUGUGUCCCUCCUUCCUAACAGUACUUAGUAAAAUUUCAAACAAUGUUAAAAUAUUCAGCCAGUUACAGUUAUUGUUCCAAUUUACAUAUAGUUUUAACUUUUUCCUCAAAUCAUCUGAAAUCUUGAAAAAGAAAAUUAUUGCUAGUGCUUUUAAAAAGACGGAAAUAAAUUAAGCAGUCUCAGUAGUGAAAGCUCAGAAACGAAAUUGUUCGAGAAAUGACAAUAUUCUGAUAUUGAAUAUACUGAAAAUUUGUUUUGAUUUUGAUUUUACUUACAGGCUGACAAGCUGUAGCAUUUUUCUGACAGCGGGAAAUUAAGAGAGUGAUUUUAAGAGAUAUAUAUAAAUAGAUCUGGCCUAUAAAAAGAUCUGAAUGAAUUGGUACCUCACAUAUGUGUAUUUGCACUGGUAGAUCCACCUGUACAAAGCUUCGUGCCAUUUUAAACUAUUUAUUUUUUAGCAAACUGCAGCUCAUUUUCCCUCACUUCAUUGGACAUUCAGGCUCCUGCCUUUGUUUCCUCAGCUCUCAGCUCAGUGGUACAGUGCCCAUGCACAGCAAUCAGGGGGAACCACGAGUACAGGUUUUUCAUUAAUCGCACACAGGCCUGCUAAACUUCAAAAAUGUUGCUAAUAAUCAUAACAGAAUUACAGAAACAUCUUCAGUGGUCGAGAAUCUUUUUUGCACAGUAACCUUAAUGGACAGAGUAUGUACCCUGCACAAACUCUACAAAAUGCAUGCUUUAUCUAUUAAGCAUGAAAUUUAGGUGUUUGCUGAGGUCCUUGCAUCUUUAUGGUGCUAGUAAUGUGUGAAGGGUGCAAGGACCAACUCAACAACUUAAUCUCCUUUGCCUGAGAAACCACAAGCCUGUUAUUCACAAACAUUUGGAGAAGAGGCUAUACCACACGUGGUUUGUCUUACUUACUUAAUGCAAGCUACUGGCUUUUGUCUUUUGCAAGAUUUUUGGCUUUUACCAUGGAGCAAGAAUCUCAAAUGUACUGAAUUCAGAUAAUCAGUAUUCUGUUGGCUGGUAUCUAUCCUCUGUAAUUUAUUACAAAGUCAUAGUUUAGAGUUCUUAAUAGAUAAGUAUGCAUGUCCCUUCUUCUCCUGAUGUUGCAGGUCAUGCCAACACAACAGCUGUAACUUUCUACUGAAGUGUUAAUGUAUAAUAAGAAUGGAAAAUAUUUAUUUUUUUUCUCUUGUAAAUUGACAAUGAGAACAAUAGUAUGUACUAUAUUCUUUAUAUACAGUCAUUGCUACAUAUAGAACCGAUUGUACAAAGAGUAAAGCCAUUGCAAAUAAGUGCUUGAGCCUGCACUGCUGAGCAGUUUGAAACAGCUUGUUUUGACUUGUGCAUUUUAGUAUUUAAAGUUUGUUUGUCCUGCACAAACAGCACAAUAGUGAUUAGGUAUCUGGAAGCCUUCUUUUAUUAAAAAAAAACCCAAACAAACAAAAAUGCAAAACAACCCUAAACCAAAA